AUGGCAGAACCAACCAAGCGCAAGAAAAUCACCGAAGAGGAAGAUGUCAUGCUUUUAAAGCAGACACUCGCGGACGAGCCCUACCAGCAGGAGCAUGGCAAGGUGAUGGAGCACUGGGAGAAGUUGGCACAAACAUUGGUGGCUUGUGCCGACUUCUCACCUGCUGCUAAGAAGAAGGAUGGCACUGCCAAGCGGCUUUCCGGUGUUACGGAGACGCACAGCGAGAAGGACGAGCUCCUUGACGAGCUGAUCUUAAGGCUGGAGGAGUGCAAGGCAGAGAAGGAGGCUAAGAGGAAGAUGAAGGCCGACAAGGAUGCUCCGAGCGAGAGUGCAGGUGAAGCCAUCAGGCGUCUCGCUGUUGAGAGGUUGAAACGCUCACGAGAAGACGAUGCUGUGGAUUGGGAACAAGAGCGCCAAGAUCGCCGCGACAUUGAGAAACGCUUCAUUCUCUUACUCGAGCAUUUAGCUAACAAAAAGUAA